AUGCCAAUCCUAUUCUGCCCAUACUGCGCCAACCUUCUCAUCCUUUCCCGGAUGGACACGGGCGGCAACAGGCUCGAGUGCAGGACGUGUCCGUAUGAGCUUCCCAUCGACGACAAGAACAUCUACUACUCGCGAAAGACAUUCCCGCACAAAGAAAAAGAAGACGUAUUCGGCGGGCCAGGGGCAUGGGACAAUGCUCAGAAAGGUCGUGUCCAGUGUACCAUGGCAAAUUGCAAUGGCUUCGAAGCUGCCUUCUUCCAAGUACAAAUUCGCAGCGCCGAUGAGCCUAUGACGACCUUUUACAAGUGCAUGACGUGUGGAAGCCGGUGGAGAGAAAACUGA